AUGGCAAAAAUAGAUACAGCGGCCCUGCGGCCUCUCCGAAUUGGCACUAGGAGAUCCAACCUGGCCGUCGUCCAGGCCGAGGGCAUCCGCAACAGUCUGCAAAAGAUAGCGCCCGAUCGAACCUUUGAGAUUGAAACACUCCACACUCUCGGCGAUAAGGACAAGUCUACGGCGCUCUACAGCUUCGGAGCCAAAAGCCUAUGGACAAGCGAAUUGGAAGAAAAGCUCACGUCAGGCGAGCUGGAUGUCGUCGUCCAUUGUCUUAAAGAUAUGCCGACUACACUUCCUGAUUCGUGCCAACUCGCACCAAUUCCACUUCGGGAUGAUCCUCGCGAUGCAUUGAUCGUCAAGGACGGUCUACCCUAUACGAGCCUGCAGACCCUGCCCGAAGGCGCCGUAGUUGGCACUUCAUCGGUGCGUCGCUCUGCUCAGCUUCGUCGUCUUUACCCGCAUCUGCGCUUUGCAAACCUGCGCGGGAAUGUCGAGACGCGCCUGGCCAAGGUCGAUCAUCCCGAAAGUGAGUAUACCUGCAUGGUGAUGUCUGCAGCCGGACUCGAGCGCCUGGGCCUCAAGCAUCGUAUCAACCAGUACAUGGGCUCCAAGGACGGUGGCAUUCUACAUGCGGUCGGUCAAGGAGCGCUUGGUCUGGAGAUCAGGAAAGGCGACGGCGAAACCCUAGCAUUGGUUGCCAAUCUGGCUGAUCAAUGGUCGACUCUUGCCUGCCUUGCGGAACGGGCUCUCAUGCGCACUCUUGAAGGCGGUUGCAGUGUUCCCAUUGGUGUUGAGACGGAAUGGGUCGAUAAGUCACGGUAUCUCUUGAAGAUCACUGCGAUAGUUGUGAGUCUUGAUGGCGCUCAAAGUGUCCAGGAUUCCAUCGAUACAACGGUGCAGACCGAGGAGGAGGCCACUGCACUCGGCCAAGAAUUGGCUGCAAGGCUUGUGAAAGCCGGCGCGGAUGCAAUUCUGAAUGAAAUCAACACCGAUCGGCCGGCUAAGGGCUGA